AUGGCGUCUCAGGGGCUUAGAAUUGGCUUCGUGCCGGAGCACUUCUCCACGCCGCUUCACUUCGCCAAGGAGCACUUCGGCCUCGACGCCACCCUGGUCCCCUUCCCCUCUGGGACCGGCCACAUGAUCACGGCGCUCCGCGGUGGUGAGAUUGACAUCGGUAUCGGUCUGACUGAGGGCUGGAUCGCCGGUCUGGGCAAGGAGGACGCACCCGGCGACGGCGGUUACCGUCUCGUGGGAACCUACGUGGAAACGCCUCUCUGCUGGGCCAUCUCAACCGGCGCCAAGCGCCCCGAGAUCACGUCCGUGGAAUCCCUCAAGGGCGGCAAGAUCGGCGUCUCGCGCAUCGGCUCCGGCAGCCAGAUCAUGGGCUUCGUCCUCGCCGACCAGCACGGCUGGCUCUCGCCCUCCAACCCGCAGCCCUUCUCCGACACGGUGAUCCUGAACAACUUUGAGAACCUGCGCAACGCCGUCAACUCGGGCGACGCCGACUUCUUCAUGUGGGAGCACUUCACCUCCAAGCGGUACUACGACUCGGGCGAGAUCCGCCGCGUCGGCGAGAUCUACACGCCCUGGAGCAGCUGGAAGAUCGUGGCCUCGACGGCGCUGGCCAAGGAGGGCGGCAAGCUGGACCCCCGGAUCAAGGACUUGUUCGGGAAGCUCGACAAGGGGAUCAAGCACUUCAACGAGAACCAGGACGAGGCUGUCAAGUACAUCAGCACGCACCUCGACUACUCCGAGGCGGAUGCGAGGGAGUGGUUGAAGACCGUCAAGUUCACGGACGGCGUCGAGGGUGUGAAGCCCGAGGUCGUCAACAACUGCGUCGACAUUUUGAGGAAGGCUGGGGUUUUGGUAGAGGGCAAGGGAAGGCAGCCGGAUGCGAUGGUUGCGAGAGACUAA